AUGGAGACCCAAAACCUAGAGGCAGCUUCGACUUAUAUCAAUAAUUUGUUGCUAGCCCGCGGACUGUUGAAAAAUGGCCAACCCAUCGAUUUUGCGCAACCUGACAACAGCGACGAGGGUUCCGAUGCAACUAUGGCCCGAAUAAUCAACCUGGUCAAUGACCUUGUCGUGCGAAGAGACGAAAAAUUGAAAACUAAGAACGCCGAAUUGAAGCGAUCAGUCGCGCUUGCCGAAGGACAACAGCGAGUCAUGAAGCAGAAUUUAUCGAGCGCAGAGACAACAGUGCGACAGCUGAAAGAACAAGUGCAAAAGCAUAAAACGACCGUUCAACAAGUUCGAGCGCAAUGCGCAAACGAUGUCCGAAAACGAGACAUGGAAUUACAGAAAUUAAAAACGCAUCUCAGUGAGCGACAACGAGGAAAACGGGAAGGAUUAGGAGUAACUACGAUCAAUAUUAACCGCACCGCGGACAACAUGCACAAACCCGAACCAGAUAUCAGCAAUCCAGGCUACAGCUUGAAACAGGAGACGACCGAAUUUUUGACCCAGCUCUGCCAGAAUCUAAGCGACGAAAACGAUACGUUGAUCAACUUAUCGCGAACGACCAUACAGACCCUUAGAGAGCUGCAAGGACUUUCAGACGCACCGAAUGGCGAUGCAUCGCAGCCGUUCAGUCAAGGAGGCGCCGUUAGUACCAUUCCCACGAAUGUCAUGGACUUGUCCGCAGAAAUGGACACUGUCCUUGAUCACCUGCGGACGCUACUGACAAAUCCAUCCUUCGUUCCUCUCGAGGAGGUCGAGCUCCGCGAUGAAGAGAUCCUUCGACUUCGCGAAGGAUGGGAGAAAAUGGAAGUGCGUUGGAGGCAAGCGGUCACUAUGAUGGACGGUUGGCACAAACGUAUAUUAGAUGGAGGCGACUCGAUAGAUCUUGAUGAGCUUCGAAAGGGUAUGAGUCUAGACUCGGGAUUAGGCCGAUCGAUAGCAGAUGAUCCGACGCCUCUUUAUGACGAUGACGAUAUAUCGGAAGACGAGGAGCAGGACGGCCAAGAAGCAGAGGAAGAAGAAGAGACUGCCGAACCUCAGGCGAAAAUUCUGAAAUCCACGCUGGCCAAGCCCCCAAUUCGUGCACUGGGUGAGCGGAACAAAAACGUGAAAUCAAGAGCAUCAAACCGCAAAGUGUCAUUUUACGAGGGAACGAUGGAUGCAGAGCCCGAUCAACCGAGCGAUAAAGACGAAACCCUUCAGGUCAAGGCACACACAUCUGUAGCAGUCACUCAGCGUUCGUCACGCAGACACUCUUCUCAAAUUCCGCAGACAAAUCACAAACCAAAACUAUCAAUCCAAGAAAAGCUGGCUGCUGUCGAAGCCGAAGCCAAAGAAGCAGCGGAGGAUGCCACUGGGCAAGACUCUAAGAAGAGAAGUCGAAACAAACGUGACCCUGUCCCGAAAAAGACCAAAAAUCGUCGACGGAGCACGUUGACAAACGAUGAACUGGACCAAUUGCUUGGUGUGUCCAAGUGA